AUGCCAAAGUGUGUAAAGAAUAGACAGUAGUUGCCGUUGUAGUAGUACAAUACAGAGAGACGCAAUGACAAUUAUAUGUAUUAAGUAAAUAUUUACAAGUUAACUAGUUUCAUGUACGCUUGUAGGUUUGUUUCAGUAUGUUAGUGUUAGACGGGAUACAUGAACAUGCAAAUGUUAAUUACGAGUCUACAACUGCAACAAAAUAGUUAAUUGCAGUUCAACUGAUUGAAGCAGCUGGAGAUGCAGUCUGCACUAGGCUCCGUUUAGUUGCCGAGUUGAAAGGGACAGCUGCUUUGGUAACAGCUUUGUGAAAGGUGCGAGUGAGAGAAAAGCAGUGAGGCUUUCAAUCCUUUCAUGUGGAAACAGCGGAGGAAGCCAAGGACGAGACUGAGGAAAAAAACGGGUUGUCUCAGCCUCGGCCCCCAGAGCAGCAGUGCCUCUCCUCGUCCUCCCCUCUUGGACCAGCAGCUCAGUGUGGCGAGGCCAGGAAGGAUGGGCCGGAAACUGGACCUGUCGGGCCUGACGGACGACGAGGCGGAGCACGUCUUGAAAGUUGUCCAGCGUGACAUGAAGCUGCGAAAGAAGGAAGAAGAGAGGCUGAGUGAGAUGAAGCAGGAGCUGGCGGAGGAAGGCAGCAGAUGCUCCAUCCUCUCCAAGCAGCACCGCUUCAACGAGCACUGCUGCAUCCGCUGCUGUGCGCCCUUCACCUUCCUGCUCAACCCCAAGCGCCUGUGCCUGGACUGCCAGUACAACGUCUGCAAGACCUGCUGCACCUACAACAAGAGGGACAAAGCCUGGCUCUGCUCUGCAUGCCAGAAGGGCAGGGUUUUAAAGACACAGUCGCUUGAAUGGUAUUAUAACAAUGUGAAGAGUCGCUUCAAGAGGUUCGGGAGCGCCAAGGUUUUGAAGACUCUGUACAGAAAGCACAUUAUAGAGAGAGGAGCAUUCUCUGAUCUCCCAGAAAGCAGUGUUCACGAGGGAAGCACCGGCAACGACAAUGAUGGCAGCAUCUGUGGCAGCGACUCCGCCUUCUACAAACAGAGUGAAGGACACAGUAUGGCAGAGACACUCACAGUCGCCCUGCGUGUUGCUGAGGAGGCUAUAGAGGAGGCCAUCGCUAAGGCAGAGGAGUUCAGUGACAGCUUGGAAAAGCAGAAUGAGGCUCGGUAUCUGCAGGACCACAAAGAGGAGCUCAUAGAGGAACUCGCCACAACAAUUGUACAAAAAAUCAUCCAGAGGAGGAGGCGUUCAGAGAUGCACACAGAGUAUGACUUUGUCUGGCCUCAGCCUCAGUCCCUGAUCCAGUCCGGUGAACUCCCCUCUCCGUCUCAGCCUCAAGCUUCUUCACAAGGACUGCAGGACCCCCUCAAGACCUCAAACUCCCUCUGGCGGUCGCGGUCCGCCUUCUCCCUCACCAGUGACGACUCCCCGGAGAAGGGUCCAGACGAGGAGGGGGCCGGGGCGGGAGGCGGCUUGCAGGAGUACGCUUCUCUGAAGAGGGAGGGCAAGGCCACGUCUCUACCCAGCUGGAAGAGUGUCGACCGCCUGGACAACUCCAGUGCAUCCUCAGUGCUCCAGAGCCCAGACGGUAACUGGAUCGCUCUGCACAGCUCACAGAUGUCCCGGCCCAGCCUGCUAACCAAGAGGAAGAGCCUGGUGUUCAGCGUGUUGGAAAAGGAGUCCGGCGUCGUGUCGGCUUACGACGAGAUGGGAUCCGACUCUGAGGAGGACGACAAAGGCGGCUGGGGUGCAGCGUUGCGACAGUUCCAGCGCAAACUCUCCGACGAGACUUACUACACGGACUCGCAGCACGACCCGGAGUGGACGUACACCCAGCACCUUCCGAUUACCUCGCCGUCCUCUGGCCAGUACACCAACACAGAGACUGUCAACUCAGACUCAGAGGCCUCAUCAGUGCUGUCUGCAUGUCCUCGCAAACCGCCUCACAACCUGCUGAGGAAGAAGGGACCCCCGGACACACACCUGCACCCUCAUCACCAGCCGCUCUACCAACAACACCUUCACCAGAACCUAUCUCCCUAUCGACUCCACUCAGAGGCACUGGAUGUCAACUUUAACCCUAAGGUGAUGGGAGACAGCAGCGAGGCGGAGGAGAGGCAGAGCGACCCGAUCAGAAGAUCACGGCGACGCAGGAAAAGCAAGAGAGAGUCGUCAACAGAGCAGAGCAAAGCUGGAGGCCAGAGCCACACACCGUCCUUCUACCCAUUAGUACAAGAGAACAGUGGUUUUUUACUCAAUGCCCUUCUGAAGAGGGGUCUAAGUGAGGAACAGUCAGUACCUGACACUACGCCAAUGGCCACAACUGCACCAGACGCCUUCAAAUUAGACGCCGUGACACCCGAGCCAGAUGACUUGGACACAGUGGCCCCGAAUUCAGCAGCCCUGAGCCCUCCACAGCCCCACGCUCUGGCUCCGGGGUCCCAGCAAUCACCCAGCAGCUCACGGCCUGGAGAUCCUCUGGAAGAGGAGCUACGAUCCAGACUCAGUCAGCUGGUCAGCCGCGCUAACAGCAAAGACAGCAGCUCAUCUGAGGAGGAGUGCACAAAGCAGACAGAUAAAGGAAGUGACAGACAGAGAGAGAAGAUGAGGCCAAAAGACACUGAAAGAGAAAGGCAAAAGGGAAGUGACAGAUUAAGAGACAGGACCGGCAGUAAAGAAAGAGAGAAAGUGUGUGAAACUGUGGAACAAGUGAAUGGACAAGUGGUGAAAAGAAGUGAGAGACUAAUAAAGAGUCCUUCAGUGAGAGAGGAAGGGAGAGGCAGGGAGAGGCGGUUAGAGAUGGGAGUGGAAUGUUUGGAAGAGAACAUAGUCGACCGGGAGAAAAAGAGGGGAGAGAACAGAGAGCCAAACAGACAGAGUAAGAGACAACAUAAACGAGAUGUGGAGAAAGGAGCAGGACAGAAAGGAGGAGUAAGAAGGAGUGGAUCCAGCACAAGUUCACCUGCUAUUACACCUUCUUCCCAGGAGAGGACGCUGUCAGACAGCCAGGACUCAGAACAGAAUGACUUGGAGCAACAGCAGAGGCUUCAAUUGCUCUCCUCUCUCUUACAGCAGCAGAAGUACUCGGCGGCCUCUCUCUGCAGCAUCACCACCGAGGUGCUGAAGGUUUUGAACGCUACAGAGGAGCUGAUCGGUGAGGCAGGAGGUGAGAGCUACACCCCAUCUGAGUCCAUGAGUGCUUCUCCCAUCUCCAACAGCUCGGAAACCCGCAGGCUGGACCAGAGGCUGACCAAGAUGGAGGAGAAUGUGUACCUGGCUGCUGGUGCUGUGUAUGGGCUGGAGGGGGCACUGGGGGACCUGGAGCAGUGUGCCCGCGGUAUUGAGAGUGGCACCUCAGACACAGAGCUGGCCUUCCUGGAGGACCAGGUGGCCACCGCAGCCGCUCAGGUUCAGCAGUCUGAGCUACAGAUUUCAAACAUUGAGGCCAGGAUAUCGGCACUGAAAACCGCUGGGUUGAAUGUGACUGUCUGCAAUCAUUUCUCCAAGUUCAAGCCAAAGGCUAAGCCUCAAACCCUGGACUCAUCACGCCAUCAAAGGAGGAAGCUUCCAGCCCCUCCACUGAGAGAAAAGUUGGAGCCAGAGCUACAGGUGAAAGUGUUUCGGCCAUAGUGACAGUCAGCAGCAUAACAUGUCCCUCAGGGCCACUUCAGAGCCCCAGGGACGGGGGCCCGUCUCAUCCAGUGCCUUGACCCAGUGUCCGCCUCCAGCUCCAGGCCAAACAGGGGCCAACACCCGCCCUGUGCGACCUACCAAGCACUCAGCCCUCAGCCAGGCACGGUACCCUGUCAGUCAAAAUGCCUCACAGAAAAGAUGACUGGCUCUUUCCACUUUAUCAUCCAUUUUCUCCUCCUCUCCACGCACACAACAUCAAGCAAGGAUGACUCGACAGUCUGUGUCUCUGCCUUAAAAAUCUGCAAACACUCCUCAUGACCCAACUGAAAUAGAAUAUCUGUACAGACAAAAAUAACUCUCAUUUCCUUUUUCUAUCUGUUUGCAAGAGUAUUGUGAUUUACUGUACAAUGAAGAUGUGGAAAAAUCAUGUGAAACUUUCUGUGAUUCAGUGUCCCAAAAAGAGGCUGAGCCGUGUUUUAUACUGCAUCUUCUUUCUCACCAAAUGAAAUGUCAUGAGGAAUCUUAUCAUAAGCCCCUUAAGAGCUUUUUUGGAUGAUUGUCCAUUCUCACACACACACACACACACACACACACACACACACACACAGCUAUCAGAUGGUAAUCCUCAUUUGGGGAAUGAUUGUAACACCUUUUGACAUUUAACCAUUUUAAGAAUAAAUGGAUUUACCAGAAAAUCAGUGUUUAAAUACCCAAAUCAUCAGGGCCAAAACAUGUUUAUCCUCCCUUCCUGACGCUAAAAUUGCUUUAUGGCAAUAAUGGAACACAAAGCACAUUUGGGAAGUCUGUCACUCUUUGUAAACAUAGUUUUAAAAAGUUAAAGGAAUAGUUUGGGGAAAUUCAGGAGUUACAGGAGAAGAUCAAUGUCUGUACAGUAAAUAUGUAGCCUGUUAGCUUAGGUUAUCAUAAAGACUGGAAACUGGGAAAAAAAGAUAGCUUGACUCCUUUUUUUAAAAGGUAAAAAUAUAAGCCGAGCAGCACUGCUAAAGCUCACUGAUUAACAUAUAUUUUUUGUUUAUUUAAACUGUACAACUAGGCAAGUAUUGUUACCUUCAGACAGAGCCAGGCUAGCUGUUUCUUUAACAGCCUUAAUGUGGAAGCUGUGGGCUUUUAAAUUGAAAUGAGUCAAAAUAAGGUUUGAAUAAUGUCUGAAUGUCAGACAAACUCAGCUCGACAGAUUGUCUCAGUAGGUUUGACAUUCAGGUUCGGUCUGACAGCCUUCCCUCUUGCAGCAUUCUUCAACCCAAAGUCAUUCUCUUCCUCAGUCAUUUUCUUCAUUUACUAUACUUUCAAACGUUGUGGCCUUUUAUUUGAACAAAAAAGGUAUUUUCAUGUUUCCACUUCGCUGGGUUAUGUCCGAACUUUCGUGCUGCGUUCAGAAAAUCCUGUAAAGAUUUUUACAUAAUGAAGUCUGAUGGGCUAUAUGACAAAUGCCAUGAAACCAUGAUUUUGUUACAAGCAAUUUAUUUUUGUACUUACUGAACGUUUUUAUGCAAUACCACCGAAAUAAGUACUAUUGCAAAUUAAAGGCUUUAUUCUCUCCUCAAAGGAGCCCUCCUCAGUCAGUCCUAUUAGACUCUCUCAUGUGUGAUUCAAAGUGCUUUCAGUGUAUACCUGCAUUUACCAUUUGAUAUUCUGCCAGUAAUGAAAAUGGUAAAUGUUACAAAAACACGGGUGACAAGAGGCAUUUUUUGGAGUGGCUAUAGUACGAUUCAUACUGUAUUUGUACUCCUUAAACACUAGAUUUGAGAAUACUGCCUUUCAUUUUGGGUUAAUUUUCUUCACUCUGUGACCACUUACAUUAGUCAGAAUCUCAGUUAGCCAUGCAUACGGUUGCCAAAGUGUUUGCUCUGACUAUACAGCUCAAGAGCAGAGUUGGAUUUUCUGAUGGACUGCUUGAACUAAAAGGUGUGAUAAUCUUCAGUAUGAAUGCUCAGCCCCUUCUAUUAGUGACCUUUUCAUCCCAGCCUUUCACAUCUCGGAUUUUGCACAUUGAUCCUGUACUUUUGUCAAUCUUGUUCUCCCGAGGUGUCGAUGUAUAAAAGCAUGUUUCUGGUUUUAUCAAAAUUGAUGUAAAAUUUCCCAUGAAAAGCACAGCCACAAGGGUCCAAUCAUUAGUGUCCUGUAUUUUUCUAAUGUAAAAAAAAAUAUCUCAUCACAGAAUUUAUUAAUAUAUGUAUAUGUGUGAAAAGAUGGAUAUGAUAUAGAAUAAUAUGUGUAUUGCCCAAUCAUAGUUGACGAAUCUUUCAGUGUUGUGUGCAAGAGACAGUGUAUAAUUGUCAUGACUUGUCGGCUGGAUUCACACAGGACGUCUAAUUUACGGAAACUGUGUCCACUCCGAAAUGAUGAGAUUCACACAGAGCUAAAAGCAGAUCUCACUUUUGUUCCUGUUUAAAUCCAGUGUGAAUGACUACGAUGAGGUUCACUGUGCACAGCUCCACAGGAGGGCCAUUCACUUUUAUGUGCAAUCGUUUGUUGCGAUCCAUAUGACAUGUUGGGGAAAAUAUUAACAAGCAAAAAAUACAGAUUCUCUAUGUGCCACAG